AUGACGACGAAUCGCGUCAAAUUGAAGCGCUUUUACAGCGAGCAGAAUGAAGGCAACGUGGAUGCAUUAAAUCCCCCCGAGGGAAAGGAAAAAAACGUGGAGGGGAAAAAAGAACGUCCCCAAAAGGACGAGAACAAUUCCAGGAAGAAAAAAUUACUCGUGCUGUCAAAAGGACUGAACAUGAAAAACGUAAGUAAAUUGGAUGAGCAUUCCCAGUCGGGAGAAGUGGCGGUAAGGCCGAGGAGCCGCUUGAAAAAGAAAGUGAUCACUGAUAGUAGCUACGAGGAGGAACAAAAAAUAGGCCAAUCAUUUGACCAUCGCGAUGCGAUCGAUGUGAGCGAUGCGAGCGACACGCAAGAGGAAAAUGUGGCUUCUUACCCCUGUGCCGCUUACGCAAAGACGAAAUGGCCCUCCACAGGUGGGCAGCAUAAAUUUAAUGAACACCCCUCGGGAAUCCGCACCAGGGGGAAAUAUGAACGGAGCAAAGUUAUAGACACCACGGAUGAGAGUAAACAGAGCCACGAGUUGAGCAACUCGGAUGAUGGAGGGAGGGGUGCCAGGGGGGGAAAGAUGUCGAAGAGGGGCACAGGAACUUCUGGCAGCCGCAGGGGUGGCAACAAGCUGGAUGAGAGUGACCUGAAGAGGAAGGGGGGGGAGGGGUCCAGCAUAGGUGCUGAUGAAGAGGAUGACAUUGAUGAAGAGGAUGAAAUUAAUGAGGAUGAACGUGACCACCGCGAUCGGAGUGCGAAAAAUAAAAGGGGAAGGUCCACCCGCCUCGCUGAGAAGUCGAGAAAGGGGGCGCGCCCAAACGGAGGGAGAAGCAAAAGUAGAAGGGUCCUGCGGAAGGAUGACAACUCGGAGGAGGAUCAACGCGAAGAGAGCUUUGGCGCAUCUGAUGAGGGCGAUGAUGCUGUAGAGGACGAGAGCAGCUACGACGAUGUGCAGAAAAAACGAGACAGGAGAAAUGAAGCCCUGUCGAAGCUCAAAAGGAGAAAGAAGAGUGCCGCUGCGAAGGGUGGAGAAAAUUCCUAUGAGGAAAACUCCUACGACGAUUACGAGCACUCCAGCUUCUACGUUGACGACGAUGUGAACUCAGCCGGUGAGACGAACAUAUCAUACGAAAGCGGAAACGAAAAUUUCAACCAGUGUGACGAAUAUGCUCUACACUUAAAAAUUUUUAAUGAGAAAAAUUUGGGCAACGAUAUGAUUCAGUUCAAUUCUAUAAGUGUGAAGAAGUCGAUCAGACUGUACAUUGAGUUUACGGCUCUGUCUCUGCUAUCGCCUAGCCUUAAAUAUGAUGCCAACUAUUUCAAGGCUUCCGAAAAUGUGAAAAGCGUCGAACAGUCCCUGAAGGUGAAGUACUCAAAUAUUCACAAAGAAUUUGAGAAGAAGAAUUCCCUGGAGGAGUGCUACAAUUACUAUGAUGAGGGUGGUGCAGAACGGGGGAGGAGAAAGGAGAAAAAGAGCAAAAGGAAAAAAAAAAAAAAUCUGAAAAGGUUGUGUGAACAGGUUAGCGAUAGUGGUAGCGAAGGCGGUGCGGAGGAAAGGGGUGGCGAUGAAAGGGGGGACGCGAGGAACUCCCUGGACAGCAGCGGGAAGGUCAAGCGGGAAAGGAAAAAGAAAAAAAAAAAAUAUGUCUUAAGUGACAGCAGCAGUCGUUCGCCCGAUGGGAAGGGGCGCAGUGACGCUAGUGGGGAGGACGCGGUUGAAGAGGAGUGCGAAGAGGAGUGCGAAGAGGAGUGCGAAGAGGAAUACGAUGAUGAGUGCGAAGAGGAGUGCGAUGAAGAGUGCGAAGACGAGUGCGAGGACGAGUACGACGAGGGCUAUGAUGACGAAUGCGAAGACGAGUGCGAGGACUACUACGACGACUACGACUUCGACUACGGGCGGAAGGCGAAGAAGAAGGUGGCGGAGCAAAUGAACGACAGCCUCAUAUACAAGCUGCUGAACAGCGACAUGCUGAAGAUAUACGAGUUCGUGAAGAAGGAGGAGAACUUUAGCAAUUACGAUUUUUUGAAAAUGAUAUGCAAAAUCAGCAAAAACAAACCGAGGAAUUAUUAUGAUCGGUGUGUGCAAAAGAUCGAGAAGAAAAUUCUGUCCAAAAGAGACCAGUUUGAAUCUCAUCCAUUUGAAACAAAUUUUAAAAAUAUUUUAAAAAAUUAUGCAAAUAUAUUUACAUACUAUCUGGAGUAUAACAAAAUUCACUGCUGCUGUUGUAACAGAAAAUUAAGUUACGCAUGUCCCGUUUUUUUCAUUAAACCGUUUUAUAAUUCCUCGGACUUGUGGGAAAAUAGCUUUUUUAAUUUUAUGAAGGUAAAUCAUUUUGAAUGGCUCGGAAAUGAGCAUUUUUUGACUUUUAAAAAUCCGCUGGACAAAUUAAAUAUGCGAAAUGAAGAUGAAUUCAAAAUGAAAAAUAUUAAACAGUCGAAUAGGCUAUUUAUAAAAAAUCAGAACGAAAAAGAAAAAAAAAAAGUGCUCAUACACAUUAAUAUAAAUCAUGUGGAUAAUCACCCCGUUGCGAAUAACGACGAAUGCAUCAUUAACCAUUUGAAGCAGAGUGAUGAAGUGAGUGCCUUUAAAUAUACUGGCCAUUCGGAUGACAAACGAUUGAAAAAAAAAAGGAAAGGCUUUAAAUUUAAUUUCGAGUACCAAUUUAAGGCCACCGAAUGUAAGGAAAACAAUUUGAACAUCCUCAUGAAAGAUAUUUGCGAAAAUUUUUAUGACCUUUCGGAGAAUUAUAUUGAAAAGGACAUCCUGGUGUUGCAGCUUGGGUCGUACUGUGUCUCUGCUGUGUACUACUGGCAUGUGUUUCAUCACUACAAAUUUUUUUUCACCAAAUUUAUUUACAUGCGCCUGCUGGACCUCUACAAGAAGAGCAAGGAUUUGUUUCGCGAGCCGCUGCUCCUCGCCUACGUGCUGUCCAAGCGCCUGAACAAGGACCUGUACCGCGACUUUAUGAUUCUCAUGAACAUCGACAUUUCGCAGAUUCAGCACAAGCUCAACGAGUGCGACUUGUUCGUGCGCUGA